AUGGAGCCACUCGAGGUUGAGGCUACCCUGAGAGAAAAGGGUGCCCAGGAUACGUUUGAGAGCUACUACAGGAAACAAAGGAAGAAACAGGCUCGCUUAGUCUUCCAGCUCCCUUCGAACAUGCAUGAAACAUUAGACGGCUACAGGAGGUACUUUCAUCAAAUCGUGGGCUUCUUCGUGGUUGAGGACCACAUCCUCCACACCACCCAGGGCCUGGUGAACAGAGUGUACAUCGACCAACUCUGGGAGCUGGCCGUGUCCAAAACCAUGUCAGCACUCCGCACCCAUUCAUCGUACUGCUCGGACCCGAACCUGGUGCUGGAUUUGAAGAACCUCCUCGUUCUCUUUGCAGACACUCUACAGGGUUAUGGCUUCCCCGUCAAUCAGUACUUUGACAUGCUGUUGGAGAUACGUGAUCAGUACGGAGACAUUCUGCUCAAGAAGUGGUCUGGAGUCUUCAGGUAAGAAUCAUUAGAUGUGAUUCAUAAGUUCAUAAGCUUCAGGAGCUGAAUUAUGCCAUUUGUCCCAUCAAGACCCCACACCUGGAGUAUUGUGUGUAGUUUUGGUCCCCUAAUUUGAGGAAGGACAUUCUUGCUAUUGAGGGAGUGCAGCGUAGGUUUACAAGGUUAAUUCCCGGGAUGGCGGGACUGUCAUAUGCUGAGAGAAUGGAGCGGCUGGGCUUGUACAACCUGGAGUUUAGAAGGAUGAGAGGAUCUUAUUGAAACGUAUAAGAUUUACGAGCAUUGUGUUGCGUGAGUUGGCCAGACCUGCCCCUGGGCCUGUGGAGUGGUUGGAGGUAGCCAUGCCUCGCGCAGUCCAUGGGAAAUAUUGUAGAAGGAAUGGACAUGUACACACACAGCCGACUGCUACUGGCUGGUGCAUCCCUUGCCUUCAAGCAAGAAGCCGUCUCAUUUUUGUCAAAUUACUUCCUUUUUUGAUUUACAUUUUCUGCAUGUUGGAAGGUGUGUGUGUGUACGUGUGUGUGCGUAUGCCGGUGUGUGUGUGCGUAUAUAUGUGUGUGUGUGUGCGUGUGCGUGUGUGUGCGCAUGUGUGUGUGAGUGUGUGUAUAUGUGUGAGUGUGUGUGU